AUGCGCUCGAGCGCGAGCGAACCGCGAACGUUGGGCCAAGGCUUGGUGCCCCUGGUGAAUCGUCUCCAGGACAUCUUCGCGAGCGCCGGUCUGCGUGGAAGUAAAGCGGUGGAUCUUCCGUGCAUCGCCGUCGUUGGGAGUCAAUCGAGCGGGAAAUCGAGCGUGCUCGAGGCGUUGGUGGGAAGAGAUUUCUUACCGCGAGGACCGGAUAUAUGCACGCGAAGACCACUGCUGUUGCAGUUGGUGCACACGCCCGCGAGACGGGGCGAGCCAGAGGAGUGGGGCGAGUUUUUGCAUUUGCCCGGGAAGAUUUACACAAACUUUGAGGAGAUACGUGCGGAGAUCGAAGCGGAAACAGAUCGUACGUGUGGGAACAAGGCGGUGAGUAACAAGCAAAUCAGGCUGAAGAUUUGCUCGCCGAACGUGUUGACAAUGACGCUGGUAGAUCUACCUGGGAUCACGCGCGUCGCCGUUGGCGACCAACCGGAGGACAUUGAGAUUCAGAUUCGCAACAUGAUUCUGAGUUACAUUAAGAGGGAAACGUGCCUAAUCUUGGCCGUGACACCGGCAAACUCGGAUCUGGCGAACAGCGACGCGCUGACACUAUCGAAGCAGGUGGAUCCGGAGGGUAAGCGAACGCUUGGCGUCAUCACCAAACUCGACAUCAUGGACAGAGGGACCAACGCAGUAAAGUACUUGAAGGGCGAGGUGAUUCCGUUGAAGCUGGGAUACGUCGGAGUGGUCAACCGUUGCCAAGCUGACAUCGCCGAACGCCGUUCGAUCAAUCACGCGCGCAAACUCGAAGCCGAUUUCUUCGCGUCCAAGCCAGAGUACGCGGACGUCGCCUGCAGCUGUGGCAUCCACGCACUGAGCCGGAACGUCAGCACGUUGCUAGCCGACCACAUCAGCACAUUAUUGCCAGAUUUGCAGGUUCGUAUCAUGCGCGAACGGUCCGAGGCGGAAAGAGACCUAGAACUCCUCGGGCCAGAUGUGCCAGAGACCGACUCGGAGCGAGCGGCUCUCGUGUUGUCCAAGCUCGAGCGAUACGCGCAAAGCCUUCAGGCUGCCGUUGAGGGUCGUAACCACUCACUGAGCGUUGAUGUUUUAGAAGGUGGCGCUCGAAUUCGCCAUGUUCUCCAAGAGAUCUUCGUCAGGGGUCUUCUCGAACUCAAUCCUACGUCGACGAUAACGGAUGAACACAUUCGCACGAAGAUUCAGAACACAGCAGGCACGAAGGCUGUGCUCCUUGUCCCGGAAGAGCCCUUCGAGCAACUCGCGAGGCAAUGUAUCGAGAAAAUGUUAGAACCGUGCAAACAGUGCGCCACUCUCGUGCACGACGAAUUGUGCGCCAUGGCGAUGACUAGUUUGACGAAGGAUGUCACUGGUGUGUAUCCGCACCUCGCGGACGCGCUCGAAAAGUCUUGCAAAGAGUACUUGACGCAAGGACUGAGACCGGCACUGGAUAUGAUCGUCAAUCUUGUUGAAUGUCAGUUGGCGCACAUUAAUACGUCUCAUCCAGAUUUCAUCGGUGGUCCACAGGCUUUGAUCGUGGCGCAAAAGGCUCUCAAAAAGCAUUUAGGCGACGAUGACGAUGAAGAGAACGAAGUGCCGGAUGUGCCGGGAAAGAAUAAGAAGAAAAAUGUGGUAGACAAGGAGAACAUCGGCGCUAAGCCGACAACGCUCGAGAAGGCUGGAGAGUGGGUGACUGGCAUUCUGAGCCCUUCAAAGAGAAAUUACAGCGUCGAAAACGGGACGGUGAAACUUUUAUCGCCUCCAAAGAAGCUCAGUGCCAACAAGUGCGAGACACCUGAGGAGUACUUGCAGGUUAUGGUCACUCGAACGCUUCUUGACAGUUACUUCAACAUCUCGCGAGGAAUCUUGGCCGAUAUGGUGCCGAAGGCUGUGAUGCACUUCCUUGUAAACUCAGUUGGGCGCGGCUUGAGGCAACACUUGAUCGGCAAGCUCUAUCAACCUCACACUAUCAGAGGUUUGCUUGCUGAAGAUCCUGAAGUUGCGUUGAUCCGUGAACAAACUCGCACGCGAGUCGAGGCACUGAGUGCUGCUGCGCUCACUAUAUCCGAAUUCAAGUCGCAACUCACCGUCACGUCGAGCAUGUAA